UGUCUCGCGCAGCUCCGUAUAUAAAGGCGGAGGACCGGAGAAGACGGACGGCUGGGGAGCGGCAGCCCUGGGACUGUGAAUAAGACCGUAAACCGCUGUGUUUUUAUUUCCAGAAACUUUAAUCGGCAACUUUUUAAACGUUUUAGGUGUUUCUGUGCUUUUUUUAAUGGUUUUUGGGGUUCUUGCUUGAUAGUCGUGGUGUGUUUGUUUCCGCUCAUAAUGGCGAGCUCGGCUAACUCGAACCAAGUGCCUAAAGUGUACAGAGCAGUGAUGGAGGAUGUCAUCAGUGAAGUCCGAGAGCUUUUCCUGGAUGAAGGAGUGGAUGAACAGGUGCUGAUGGAGCUGAAAACGCUGUGGGAGAAUAAGCUGAUGCAGUCCAAGGCGGUGGAGGGUUUUCAUACGGCGGAGCAGCAGGCUCUUCAAGCUCAACAGCAGCAAGCCCAACAAGCUCAGCAGACGCAACCACAGACCCAACCACAGCAAGUCCUCCUGCCUUCAGUGCAGCAGCCUACUCCGCAGCAGGUCAUUGUUCAGGAUCCCAAGAUUUUCCAGCACAUGAGCGGCGCUGGAAUGGUGAGUGUCGAUGCAGCAACAACUUUGGCUUUACCCCGCAGGUUAACCCAGUACCUUUCCCAUCUCUCUGUGUGUUCAGGUCAGAUCCUGCAGGUGGUCAGAGCUUCUAAUGGAGCUCAAUACCUCAUUCAGCCCCAGCAGCAAAUGUUGUUGCAGCAGCAGGUCCUGCCACAGAUGCAGCCUGGAGCUGUGCAGGCUCCCCUCAUACAGCAGGUGUUGACUCCUCUUCCGGGAGGUCUUUCCCAGGGGACCGGAGUCAUCAUCCAGCCGCAGCAGAUUGUCCUCACAGGAAAUAAAGUACAGCAGAACACUCAGGUCAUGCAGGCAGCAGCGAUGGCUGUGCAGCCGGAGCAGGGAGCUGCUCAACCGCAGACACAGCCUCAAGCACAGGCACCGCAACAACAGCCACAGCAGACACAGGCCUCGCAGCAACCUCCCAUGGUGCUCCAGGUGGACGGUGCAGGAGACACGUCCUCAGAGGAGGACGAAGAGGAGGAGGACGAGUAUGAUGAGGACGAGGAUGAAGACAAAGAGAAAGAUGGUGCAGAAGAUGGUCAAGUGGAGGAGGAGCCAUUGAACAGUGGAGAUGACGUCAGUGAUGAGGAAGAUCAGGAGCUGUUCGACACUGAGAACGUGGUGGUUUGCCAGUAUGACAAGAUUCACAGAAGUAAGAACAAAUGGAAAUUUCACCUGAAAGACGGGAUAAUGAAUCUGAACGGGCGGGAUUAUGUGUUCUCCAAAGCCAUUGGAGAUGCAGAGUGGUAGAUGGUAAAGAACUGAACCCAGAACUGUCCACUCUUAAGGCAAGACACAUCGAGACCUGAAACUGUACAUUUCAGGAGAUUCCCACUUCAGGGGCUGAAGAGUAACGUCCCAGUGCUACUGUGCUGUUUAAAUGAUAGCGGCAUGAAAAUAGCGUGUGCCAUCCAAGA